GCUUUCGCGCUCCCUCUCACCACUCUGGUUUCUUCGAAUUUGUAGGCGCGCACAUCACCAGGUCAUUCGUGUGAACAAGAGCGAGGCGCGAUGGCGGACACAGAAGGUAGCGGAACGCCUGCGAACGCGUUUCUCUCGGGGUCGAGCCUGCUGGUGGUCGACAUUCUGCCGCGAACAGACAGUCGACGCCUUGUCCCUUUUCUCCAAUUUUAUUCGCAUAUACAGAUUCUCACGGUGUGUAUACUUCUCCGAGCAGGCUUUCAAUCAGAGGUUAGUCAGUCGGUUAGUUGAUCUACACUAUUCAGCGCUGACAGUGCGGUCCCCAGGCUUGGCGAGCCCCGACUGCACGAGACCGCGUAUGACGGGGACAUGAUACUAGUUCCCAUGUCGGG